AUGAAUCCAACGUGGUUUAUGUUGGUACUUGCGAUGCUCGUGUCCAUAGUUUAUGGCUUCGAUAAUCACAACAGUGAUUGUGGAAAUUCAACGACCGUUCUUUCCCGCCGAAAGCGAUACCUGAUUUUUCGCGACCUUUCCAGAGGAUUCAUACGUGUAAACGUCAAGGACAGAAUGGUAGAUUCCACCAAUAUCUGGGCUCAAGGCGUCGGAUUUCGUUUGAAUGUGGAGUACAACAACCCUCCAGGGCUAAAAAUAACAAAAAGAGACCUACAUCAGUCGCUCGGAGAAAUGUUGCAUUCUCAUGGUUUCGAUGGGAGGGCUUGUGUUCUGAGGACUUUCUGUGAAAUAUCGAACGCUAUCACACCGAGCAGUGGAAUUCUGUUCAAGCUGUUCCGCAGAAUUUUCUCACAUCCUGCAACAACUGACGAUAGUUCCACCGGUUCUAAUAGUUUACCCCAAGGCGAUGAGACGUAUUUUCCGUAUCUGAAAUCAAGUGAUUGCCAGGAGCUGGAUCGACAUUGCCCAAUAUCUCAGCUAGAAAUACCAGACGACAGCGCCAUCGAAUGAGCUCAAAUGGUGAAAAUCAGGACGUACUUCUCGGCACAUGUUUGCCCUCUUCUCUAGAUCAACAUCCGGUGCCGCGAUGUUCAGUAGUAUCAUUUAUCAAUUUACU